AUGUUGCAGACAGUUGGUGGGUGGCUGUGGUGGGAGCGUCUGUGGCUGCCAGGGAAUGUCUCCUGGUCUGACCUGGAGGACAGUGAAGGUCGUGUCUAUGCUAAAGCCUGUCAACUUUACGCUGCUCUGCCCUGCGCCCUCUGCCUGCUUCUAGUCAGAUUCUUGUUUGAAAGAUACCUGGCCACACCAGUGGCUAAUGUUUGGGGAAUCAGGGACAGGGUACGUCUGACAGCAGAACAAAACCCCAUCCUAGAAAACUACUUCUGCCGCCAAGCACGAGUUCCAUCACAGGCUGAUGUGAGGUCUCUGUGUAAAAAGACGAGUUGGCCAGAAAGAAGAGUUCAAGUCUGGUUCAGGAGGAGGAGGAACCAGGAGCGACCUGGGCUUCGGAAGAGGUUCUGUGAGGCCAGUUGGAGAUGCGUGUUUUAUUUAUUUGCAUUUGUCGGUGGAGUCCUAGCUCUCUAUGAUAAACCUUGGCUUUAUAACCUGAAGGAGGUUUGGGAAGGCUUCCCUAAACAGUCCAUGCUGCCAUCUCAAUACUGGUAUUACCUCUUGGAAAUGGGAUUCUACCUUUCUCUGCUCCUUAGCCUCUCAUUUGAUGUUAAACGGAAAGACUUCAAAGAGCAGGUGAUUCAUCAUAUAGCCACACUGACUCUUCUCAGUUUCUCCUGGAUUUCAAACUACAUCCGUAUUGGAACCAUUGUGAUGGCAGUUCAUGACUCUGCUGACAUACUGCUGGAGGGUGCAAAGGUAUUCAACUACGCCAAGUGGCACAAGACUGCCAACGCCAUAUUUGUAGUGUUUACAGUUCUCUUUAUGUUGACAAGGCUUGUCAUUUUUCCUUUCUGGCUGAUCCACUGCACAUGGGUGUACCCGCCGGAGAAGUUUCCUCCCUUCUUUGGCUACUACUUCUUCAACGUCAUGCUGUUGCUUCUACAGAUACUACACCUCUACUGGGCUGCUCUCAUUUCACGAAUGUUUUAUAAGUGUAUCUUCAGCAAGCUUGAGGGCGAUGACAGGAGUGAUGAAGAGGAGGAUGACAGUGACUCACCGAAGGAAAGAAACCACAAACUGAGUCACAUGAAUGGCUCUGGAGCCAGAGGCCGAGCCAAUGGCCACUGACACAGACAGACAGAAACAGAGAAAAAGGAAAAUGGAUAGAAGAAACAUGGACGGAUUCAGUCUGGACUGCAGCAGUUAGAGCCUAAUUGCAUAUAUUACACACUCUUGAGCAGAGAAUAUUGUAUUUAUAGCUACCGUGGAUUAUACCUAAAUUGACUGGAAGAUAUAUGGUUUCUGGAAUUCACUGAGUUCAGAACUUUUAACAGCAUAUUAUUUUGUUCUACUCAUAAUUUAAAAAAUAGACGA